UGAAUUUUGAUUUGAUGGUAAUUUUUGUGUAAAGACGAAAAUAGACAAGGUGAACGUGUAACAUAAGGUUUAUAAAGUGCAUAACCACUUCACAAAACAAAACAAUCGUGUUCUUGCCGCUAGCUAGGGUUUUUCUCAGGUUUUUUGAUCACGAACGAAACGAUGUCUCGUGUGUACGUGGGUAAUCUGGAUUCCAGAGUGUCAGAGAGGGACCUUGAGGAUGAAUUUCGUGUUUUUGGUGUAAUUCGAAGUGUUUGGGUUGCUCGAAGACCACCUGGCUAUGCUUUUAUUGACUUUGAUGACCGCAGAGAUGCACAGGAUGCUAUACGCGAUCUAGAUGGCAAGAAUGGAUGGAGGGUGGAGCUUUCUCACAAUUCUAGAAGUGGUGGUGGUGGCGGCGGCGGCGGUGGAGGUCGUGGCCGCGGAGGUGGUGGUGGCGGUGGUUCUGAUUUGAAGUGUUACGAGUGCGGUGAACCUGGCCAUUUUGCUCGUGAAUGUCGCAAUCGUGGUGGUGGUGGUGCAGGAAGACGCCGUAGCCGCAGUCCACCUCGAUUUCGCAGGAGUCCAAGUUAUGGGCGAAGGAGUUACAGUCCUCGUGGGCGGUCCCCUAGGCGCCGCAGUGUGUCACCUCGUGGGCGUAGCUACAGCAGGUCACCGCCUCCUUACCGUGGGCGUGAGGAGGUGCCAUAUGCUAAUGGAAAUGGCGUUAGGGACCGACGCCGAAGCAGAAGUUAAUUUUGAAGAGUCAGUGAGAGCAAUUAUUGUGGGAAUAGUGAGAUUUUGGUCAUUUAUUGGUGCACAGAAUAUGAAUCUGUUUUGUUUGGGUUAUGACCUGAGUUUUACUGUUGUAUUGGAUCAGUUACUUGAUUGAUGUCUCAACUAGGGUUUCCUGUAUCUUUGCUGAAUACUUGUAGUUUCAUUGCAGAUAAGAUAACCGUCUAUUUUAAGUAAUUGCUACCAUUUUCCAGAUCUUUCUAAAGCA